AUGGCAGCCACAACUUGCAGUGAUAUGCCGAUAUUUCUUUCACUAAUAUUACUUCUUCUGCCUUCGACACUCGCGAUCUCUUCUGGGGAUGUUGAGGGGUAUAGCAUCAAUGGUAAAGUAAAAUUCCCAGGAUUUACCAUAUCAGGAUUUGGUCUUCCAGAAAAAGUAUCAAAUGUCAAAGUCAUUCUUAACGGUGGCCAGAGAGUCACCUUUUUAAGGCCGGAAGGAUAUUUUUCUUUCCAGGAUGUGCCAGCAGGGACUCAUCUUAUUGAAGUGGCUGCAAUUGGCUAUAUCUUUUCUCCUGUACGCAUAGAUGUCAGCGCUAGAAACCCUGGUAAAGUUCAGGCAGCUUUGACAGAGAACAGGAGAGUAUUGAGUGAGCUUGUUUUGGAGCCUUUGAGGGAGGAACAGUAUUACGAGAUAAGAGAACCAUUCUCCAUAAUGUCUAUUGUGAAGAGCCCAAUGGGUCUGAUGGUUGGAUUUAUGGCGAUUGUGAUGUUUGUAAUGCCCAAACUAGUUGAUGCUGAAGAAAUGAAACGAGCUCAAGAGGAAAUGAGAAACCAAGGUGUUGCUGUUCCAUCUCUUGCAAACUUUUUAUCUGGAGCAACACAGAGGCCUAGUUAG